AUGUCGAGUGCAGCUAAUGUGUUAGCUAAGCAAUUUAAAGAACUCAGCACUAAUCCUGUCCCCGGAUUCACUGUAGCGUUGCAUGAUGAUAACGUAUUUGAGUGGGAUGUUGGUAUCAUUGGUGCUCCCGCUACGAUCUACGAGGGAGGGUAUUUCAAGGCAACCAUGAAAUUUCCAAAAGAUUAUCCUUUUAAUCCUCCAACUUUCAAAUUCAAUAACAGCUUUUUUCACCCGAAUGUUUACGCUGACGGAAAUCUCUGCAUAUCUAUCCUUCAUCCACCUGUUGAUGAUCCUACGAGCGGAGAAACGGCCGAGGAACGCUGGAAUCCAACGCAGACAGUAGAAAGUAUUCUUAUUAGCAUUGUCAGUUUGUUGGCUGACCCCAAUUGUUCAAGUCCAGCAAAUGUGGAUGCCGGUGUUAUGUAUCGCAAAAACAAAGAACAAUAUGAUAGUAUCGUUCGUGCUCAAGUAGAAUCGUCUAAGAAAGACAUCCCAGCCGGACUUAAGAUACCCACUAAUGCCGAUGAAUUCGUCCCCAACAAGCCCAAACCUGAAAUUGAUCCAGAUGACGAUUUCUGGCUAGAUGAUGAAGAUAUGGAAGAAGAGAUGGAGGAUGACAUGGAUAGCGGCGACUCAUCCGAAGAAGAAUAUGAUGAUUGA